GAGAUAACUCUAACGGAAUGUAACGACAUGCGACUCAUAUCGUUUAUUUCAGAUAAGCCGAAGGCAAAGGUCUAGUUGCUCUCUGUGGACAAGAAUCAAGAUGAAUAUAUUUUCUCUUGAUGUUCUUGUUGACUACCUUUUUAAAAAUCCCUCCAUUGUGCUGUGGCUGCUUUUGAUAUAUGUCUUCAUAUAUACUUUAUCGGUGUUGUUCGGAGGAGCAAGACCAGGAAGAAAUCCCGUCGCUUGUGAUGCCCGCCGACCCCGCGAGCCUCUGGUCUUGGAGCACAAAGUGCGAGACGCCGUGCUGAAACAGAGAUUCAAGAAGACUAAAGUACCAGAGAAGUUGGAUGCGGUGAUCAUCGGCAGCGGUGCGGGGGGAUUGUCAGCGGCGGUGCUGUUGGUGAAGGCGGGGAAGCGGGUGUUGGUGCUGGAGCAGCAUGACCAGGCCGGGGGAUGUUGUCACACCUUCAGGGAGAAGGGGUUCGAGUUUGAUACAGGUAUCCACUACGUGGGGGACAUGGAUGGCCGGAGCAUGCUGUCCACAGCUGUUGACCAGCUGACCGAGGGCCAGCUGCAGUGGGUGCCGCUGGACGAUGCUUUUGAUGUGGUGGCGCUGGGUCCCCCCGGGAAGGCCAAGCUGUACCCAAUGAAGUCAGGGCGCGAGCAGUACUAUGAAAACCUACACUCUAUGUUCCCCGGGGAGACGGAGGCCAUUAACAAGUACAGGGCAGUCGUGAAGACUGCACAGAAAGGGAAUGCCGGCCCAGUGGUCCUGAAAAUGCUGCCAAAGUGGCUUGCUAGGUUGCUAGUGGCAACGGGCCUGUUCAAUUUGUUCUUUGGUGGCUUCUUCAAGUACGCCAACACAUCCCUGAAGAGCGUCCUUGAUGGUGUGACGUCUAACAAGGAACUGCGGGCAGUCCUGUCCUACAUCCUCGGCGACUACGGGCUCCUGCCAAGCGAGGCUCCCUUCGCGAUGCACUCCAUGCUUGUGGACCAUUACCGCAAGGGGGCGUACUACCCCGAUGGCGGCACCAGCGAGAUCACCUUGCACCUGGUCCGAGCUAUUGAGAAGUACGGCAGCAAGGUUUUGGUCAACGCUCCAGUCACAAGCAUCCUCUUCAAUGACAAAGGCAAAGCUAUAGGUGUCCGUGUCACCAGCAGUGCUUCGGGAGAGGUGGACGUAUUUGCCAAACAGGUGAUCUCUGAUGCGGGGGCACGCAACACCUUCAAGACACUGAUCCCGAAGGAGAUUGCGGAGAAAUCUUGCUACUACAAUCUGGUGGACCAGCUCGGGCCGGGGGUGUCCUGCAUGACGGCCUUCUGCGGCCUGUCCGGCAGCCCGUCCGACCUCAACAUGAAGGCCAGCAACUACUGGGCCUACACAAGCACUGACAUUGACGGCUCGGUCGGAGACUUCAUGAAUCAAAGCGUCGAAGAUGCUGCAAAUUCCGAAGUACCCCUGAUCUACAUCUCAUUCCCUGCAGCUAAAGACCCGUCUUGGGAUACCCGCUUUCCAGGUAAGAGCGUGGUUCUGCUGAUCACUAUCGCCAAGUGGGAGUGGUUCUCGGAGUGGAAGGAAGGGCGUGACCGUCACCGUGGCGAGCGCUACGAGGAGCUGAAGAUGGCCAUUGGCCGACAGAUGUGGAAGCAAACUGUGUCACUCUUCCCUAACCUGGACGGACAGCUGGAGUACAUGGAGGUGGGCACGCCCGUGACCAACAAGCACUACCUGGGAGCGCCCCUGGGGGAGAUGUAUGGCAUGAACCAUGGUCUGGAGCGACUCUCUGCCGAGACUUCCAUCAACAUGCGGCCGGCGACCGGAAUACCAGGGCUCUACAUGACAGGCCAAGAUGUGCACAUGUGUGGCUUCGUCAGUGCCAUCCUUGGGGGAAUGUUGUGUGCGGGCUCCAUCCUCAACCGCAACAUCAUCAACGACAUUGAGCGUCUGCGCAAGACUCUCAACAAGCAGCCCCAGAAGAAAGUGAACUAGGUCAUGGCCGAUGUUUCACCCCAGUGUCUUUCCUGUGAUUUUAUCCAUUGUGAGACGAAACGGCCUCAUGAACACGUGUUGUCUUACCGAUGUUUGACACAUUUGUUGUAUAAAACUUUCAGGGAUUUACAUGACAAUUCUACACAAUGGUUUGGACAAUGAACUAUGAUUAACGAACACUAGCCUUUUUCAAGUUUUUACAGACUUGGGAAACAUGUGAAUCCUAAUAAUGUUUUUUAAUAGCUCAUUAAUGUAAUAAUGAGUUUGUUUAAGAUUUAUUUUGAGGUGUUACAAAUAGCAGUGUUUCUUUGUCACAAAUACUGAGCAGACAUUGCAACAUCAAAAUGUGCAUAUUAAUUCAUCCUUUUAUAUUGCAUAUGCAACAUUAUAAGUAAUAAUUGAUCUAUAUUUAAAUUUUGUGUUUUUACCUUUUGCUGCAUUCUUAAAUUUUCUGUUAAUAUUCCGAAUUCUUGUUAACAUGGUUAUGACUAAUGUGAUGACUUGGUUGAGGUGACUUGUGUUUCCGUCAGUUCGUUAUAAGCGUGUUCGUUAUAACCGUGGUUUACAGUAACAGGAAGAAGCAUUGAUGUUUGGUUUAACAUUAUUGCACUGAAUGCAGUGUUAAGAUACAAUGUUUAAAUAAACACUUUUAGAUAAUUAAAAACAAUUAAAUACCGUAUCCCAUUUUUGAAUUAAAAAACAACAAUUCCCACUGUGUCUAGAUCAAGCCAUGCACUUCAUAGGAAUCCCAGAUGUUUCUGUGACGUAAUGAAUCAAGCAUCUGUGUUCCAAUGAACCUGUUCGUUAAUUGAUGAAGGAUCCAUUUCAGUGUUCGAAGUCAGACAGGAAAGUCUAGUUUCCCUGUCUCCCUCGGAUGUUAAACUUUAAGAUUAAACUGGAUUCAAAUUCCCCCAAGCAUUCUAGGCCCCCUUAACUUCGAACGCUGCAAUUCAUAAAAUUGUUUUAAGACAUAGUAGUAGUGUGUCCAUUGGUGUCCAUGAACCCACCAAGAGUUGUCUGCCCAUAACACCAGGCUACGAUGUCAGCAGUGUUGGGACGUUGUACAGGUCAGUAUGAAUUCUGUUUCACAUUCCAUCCAUACAAUUAAGUUUCUUCAUAAGGAUGGCAUAUGUCCCCCACAUUUAGUUGCAGAGUUGUCUCCCUUAGUUGGUUUCCAUCCUGUAUUUCCCCCUGAUUAUGAAUCUUGAUCUGCCCCCCGAUGUGCUUGUGAUUUUACCGAAGUGGUAAAUGUAUACGACCUGCAUCACUGCGGGUUUCAAUGUACUGAAAGACUGUUCGGUGAUGCGAGACGCUGCCAUUCACUUCCCCUUUUAAAGAUUGGAAAGGGAGCCCUACUUAGUCCCAUCAGGCCAUACCUUUUUUAUGUUUCGUUUCACGGCCGCUGCACCUACUAAAAAGCAGCUGGAAAAGAAAUAAAUUAAACAUAAAAAUAUAAUUUUUUAUUAUGUCGCCUGCUUGUUAUUUGGACCCUCUUAUACAGUAUAACACAUUAUAUAUAAGUACCAUGUCUACAUUACUGUCAGUGAUUCAAGAAGCCAGCUGCAAAUUUAAUUCCACGGUAGAAUAGGGGCGGUCGGGUAGCCCAGUGGUUAAGGCGUUCGCUCGUCACGCCGAAGACCCGGGUUCGAAUCCCGACAUGUGUACAAUGCGUGAAGCCCAUUUCUGGUGUCCCCCGCCGUGAUAUUGCUGGAAUAUUGCUAAAAUCGGCGUAAAACCAAUCUCACUCACUCACUCCACGGUAGAAUGACUUUCAUAUAAAUAAAUAAAUGGUUGACAUGGCUAUUUUUUUUAAAAAGCAAAAAUAAAUCCGAAAAACAUAAAGUGUUGCCUUUGUCUAACAUUUUGAAACCAAGCAGCGGAAAGCCCAGAAUACAAUGCAUGUGAUGCAUGUGGGGGUCCUGUUUGAUCGUCCUACCCUGUCCAGUUGGUCGGUCCUUCCCUGCCAUGACUCCCCAGCUCCCUGACAGUCCACACGAGGUCCGUGGUGCCCUGCCCACUCAGGUGGUGCAGCCGUAGUGGUCAACCACGUGCAUGUAGGUGUAAUAUCUGACACACAUUUAUUUAAUUUCGUUUGUUUUGCAUUGUUUUUGUUUCCAGUGAUUUUCACCAUUGUAAUCACCAUAUCGCCUGCUUUUUCAAUAAAAUAUUUAUUCGAU